GCUACAGGUCAAAUUGGAGAGCGCAGUAACAUGUUUGGGUUGGCAUAUUUGAGAUAUCGCAAAAUGGGGGUAGUUGCAAUAGUACUCCUGUGUUUUACCAUAGGGCUAUGUAUACCUGUAGAAGAUAGGGCAGUGAAGUUCUCUGAUGGUGCAAUGACUAGUGUUUGGCAAGUUCCUGAUUUCACCUUCUCAGUCGAAGGUGGGAAUGACAUCCCAUAUGACACCAUCUUCAGUUCUUGGCUCACUGGAGUACCGAACUUCAACAUGCUUGCAGAAUUACCUCCACACAUUAAUCUCCCCAGAAUUCAGGUCAUAUGUAGUGGAACACAGCUAAAUCUGCAGGUAGAUAAGCGCUUUAAUGGUGUUGUGCUGAGCGGUGAUGAGUUAAUGUUUGGUGAAGGCUGCCAGAGCAAUGGAGCUCAUGGGAAUGAAUUUGUCUUCAUUUAUGAACUCACCCAGUGUGGAACUAACCGAGAGACACACAAUGGAUUUGAGACCUACUCCAAUUUCCUCCACUUCAACCCUAGGAACUCUCUUUUCACUUCGUGGCUGACUCCUUUCCUACUACCCAUCUCCUGCAUGCAACAGAGGUCUGAGGCGAGUCCCCCUGCCGCAACGCCAGUUCCCCCUACGCCUGUCUUAACACCAGUUCACAAGAGCUGGGGCUUUACUGUGAACGCUAUGAACCCAUCCUGGACCAAUGCAUCUGAAAUCAACAUCUACGAAAGAGGGCAGAUCAUCUACCUCCAGGUGUCUGUGUCCACCAGGCCUGCCCCCAACCAGCAGCUCUUCAUUCGGUCCUGCUUUGCUUCUAUGUUCCCUGACCCAGCGACCAGAACAAGGCUUGGGGUCAUAUUAAAUAAAGGGUGUGUUGCCUCUGUGGCAUCCCAGCAUGCUGUGGCAGAGUUUGUGGCCUUAAGGAGAGCAGAUGCAGUUAAUUUCAUCCUCAACACAUCUCUUUUACCAUUACAGACCUAUGUGCACUGCAGUGUGAUCAUCUCCAACCAAGGCGUGUCUCCAGAUGCUAAGUCCUGCAACUACAAUAGGAUCAAAUCAAGAUGGGAGGAGAUAAGUGGUGAUGUUGAGGUGUGCCGCUGUUGCGGGUCCAGGUGCAAAGGCUCUUCUUUCAAGACUCCACUCAUUGAUGCCAAAGCCAUUGUGAGCAUUGGUCCCCUGAUGGUUGUGGGUGGAGAGCCCAAGGCCAAUCUUCUGCCUUCAGCUCAUCAGCAGGAAUUAUCUUCCAGUUCCCAGAUGUCCAAUUAUACCCAGGCUGAUUCUAGUGAUUCAGGAAUGUAUAGGUAUAAAUCCUCUCUACUGCCACAGUUUGUCUCUGCAGCCCCUAGUGGCCUUAACAUCUUGACGGCAGCAGGGGCCUCUGUCUCUGAUCGCUCUCUGGAGACAAACAUGCUCCCAGAGCCCCCCCGGCUCUCCCCCUCAGUAGUGGCAGAGGGACUGAUGGUCUUGAGUCAGGACAAGGGAGAUUCACUGACUGUGUGGCUGCCAGGACAGGUGCAGGUACAUUCAGAUGUAGGCCUAAGGGCCCCACUAAGCUCUUACAUGCACAGGGAUGCACCAUGGGUCCCAAGUCCCUCUGUCCAAAAUGAUGACCUAGGGAAGACCCCCGUUCCCAAAGUAUACUCUGAAGCCGCCAAACAGAAUUCUCUAUUGAAUUCUGCCAUGGAUGGGAUCUGGAGCCAGCAGACUGAGACGGUGAUCAAAGCAACAGACUCUCAGUCCGUGGUCCGCACCAAGCUGCAGUUGACCCAAGCUGCCGACGGGUCUCAGACACUGAGUUAUGAGGAAGAGAGGAGGCCUAGAGGGGAGGAACCAGGGAUGCGGAGGAGGUUUGGCGUGGAGGAGAGCAUCCCAGAGAAGAGGCUGGGGACUGGGCAGACAAACCUGGUGUCAUCCCUCCUGGAUCUGCUGAGGAGGCUGGACAAGGCAGAGUAGCCUAGUCCAAUGAAGAAGUUAAUAAAUGUUUAAUAAACUCAAUGCACCAAUUCAU